CCUUUGCAUAAAUCGGUAGUAUUUAAGAUAAAAUCGGAAGCUGAAUUGUGCAGUUGAGAUUCCGACUCCAAUUGUGUAAGAUCGAUGAGAUAUUUCUAACUGUGGGAUAAACACUCGAAAUAUGAUGGCCAGAAUAUCUGACCAGACCAUGCCAAAAUUCUUCAUAUUACCAUUAUUACUCUACGGAGCUCUUUUGAGUACUAUUCAAGCAUAUCCUUCAACAAUUGAAGAAUACAAGUACUUGGAUCGCGACUAUGCCAGUCCAGGUGCCCAUCAGUUGGCCAGUUGGUUGGCGUCUCAGCUUCGUCCAAAGGAAUACAUUGCGCCACAGGAAAUUCCCAUUUUACCUUACAGAUUACCGGCACAAGGCAAAAGAAACUCGGAGGUCUCCAACGCCAUCAUUGGAUCAGAGGAAACCCAAAAGAUGUACCGCGACGGCAGAAAAUAGAGGACGACCUGACCAUUGUGAUUUCAGUUAUAUUAUAGCAUAAAAUAUUGUGUAUGUCUCAACGGGAGAAAAUAAA